AUGGGCAAGAAACGCGUCCUCAUCUCUUACGGCGUCGACGUGGACGCAGAUGGUUGGGGUCGUAUGGAGGACAGGACAGCACAAGCGACAUCAGUCGAGGUCCUCUUCGCCAAGUACAAGAUCAAAACUACAUGGUUCAUACCAGGCCAUAGUCUGGAAACAUUUCCUGAAGACAUGGCAGCUGUACGCGAUGCUGGCCAUGAGAUCGGUCUGCAUGGAUAUAGUCACGAGAAUCCAGUAGACAUGACCAUUGAGCAGCAACGAGAUGUGCUUGAUAAAACAUAUCGCAUGUUGACCGAGUUCGUUGGAAAGCCUCCAAGAGGUAGUGUUGCCCCAUGGUGGGAAACCAGCAAAGAGGGUGCUGAACUGCUACUCGCACGUGGGAUAAUCUAUGAUCACUCGAUGAGGACCGGCGAUGCAUGGACCAAAAUUGACUACAGCAAGAAAGCUGACGACUGGAUGAAACCCCUGAUUGAAGGUCAGGAGACUGGGUUAGUUGAGAUACCCGCAAAUUGGUAUCUUGAUGAUCUACCACCGCACAUGUUCAUCAAGGCCUCGCCCAACAGCCAUGGAUUUGUUAAUGCGCGAGACACCGAGGAUCUGUGGCGUGAUCAUUUCGACUAUUUUUACCGGGAGUACGACGAGUUCAUCUUCCAUCAAGGCGUAUAUGUUGACAUCUACUAG